AUGGAGACUGCUCCCAUGGCUGGGAAAUCCUGGCAACCUAGCCAUGAGCCCCCACGCGGCAAGAAAGCGGGCAUCAGUUACGCUGAGAACAUCAGUGGAAAAGAGGAGGGAAGGGGUGGAAGAUGAAACCACAUAAACUGAGUCCCCACAUUUGUGAUACGCCCAUGCUGAAUAAAUCACACUAAAAGUUGCUGAACACCCCAAAAUGGCGGAACACUAAUGAACGAGACCAUGCUGGGAUGCACACUGGUCCCAGAGCAUGAUGGAUCUUGGGUCAUGCGCAUCUCGCACACACCGCUGGCCAGCAAAGUGAAACAAGUACUCCUUGUUAACUCCAUUAAAUUGCAUUUAACUGCAUUUAACAACUGCUUUGCAAAGUGGAGGUUGGGUGCCUGUGAUGCCCAGGAGCUUCCACUACUGGCAGCCAGCUCCUAG